CACGCUGAAGUUAGGGCCAAUUGGAAGCUAAGGCCCUCGUUUUUUUUCCUUAUUCCCCUUCCCGCUCUGCCCCAAACUAGUCCCACUCCCACCUUACCGCCGUCGCUACCACCUCUCUCUCUCACUCUCUCUCAACAGAGAGCGAGUCUGUACAAAAACAAUCAACCAAUCGAAAAAAGAUGUCAGCAAAAUGGAGGGCAAUACAGCAUCGUCACCGCUACACAUACAGUGCAGUGAUAUUCCCAUCAUCGUUCACAGACUCAUUAUCUCAAUCUCUCUUACCCUUAAACCCAAAGUCUUUACCUUUCUUUAACCAACUCAAUAACCUCGUUUCUCUGACUUCAAUUUACUCUCAAGUAACCAGUGCCAAAAACCUCUCUUCGUCUUUCACUAACUUAUUAUCGUCUAUAAAUUAUGAUGACGAUGAUGCAUCACUUCUAAAAACGGCUUCUUUUUUUUAUUUACAGCUUCUGUUUCUUGAAAAUUCUUUGCCUUUGCAUAGAACUUUAGUUUCUGCUUUAUCUAAAGUUAGUAAUAAAGAUUACCAGUCUUUGGUUUGUGGGUGUUUUAGGGAGAUUUGUGAGGAGUAUGGUAGUGGAGAUGGUAAAGAGUAUAAAAGUAAGCGGUUUUGUUUAUCAAGAGUGGCUUUAUCUAUACUGGGUAUGCCAAAGUUGGUAUAUUUAGUUGAUGUUAUUGAAGAUUGUGCUGUUUUGGUUGCUUGGGAUGUUGUUUUGGGGUUAGAUAGUGUCCUUUUGGAGAUUCAGGACUGGGCUAGGCCUUCUCCUAUUGUUAUGGAGCAAUGUCAAGAGGCGCUGUCUUGUUCUUAUUACUUGCUUCAGCGGUUUCCGGAUAAAUUUAAGGAGGAUUUGGAAGGUUUUGAUGGUGUAGAAUUCAAUAUUAUGGAAAGAAUUUUAUUGGUUUUGAUAAGUUUGUUGAAAUCUAUGGCCUUUUCAAGAGAUUGUUUUGUGGCAGCUGGUGUGAGCCUGUGUGCUGCUUUGCAAGUUUGUCUUAGUGCUCAGGAGCUUGGCUUGUUUAUUAUUCAAGGUAUUUUCAGUCAAACUACUUGUAAUGUUUAUGGUAAUAAUUGUGAUGGUGGUGAGUUUAGGGAUGCACUUUUAAAGGUUCCAUUUAAAGGGGACUUGAUUUCAGAAGUAGGUAGUUUUUCUGUUUUAAGUAGACUCUGCUUGAUAAGAGGGAUUCUUACUGCUGUUUCGAGGACAGUAUUAAAUUUGCAGUUUGUUGAAUCUAGUAGUAAAUUAAAUGGUCAUGAGGGAAAUGGAACUUGUGCAAGUUCUGUUAAGACCAUUUUGUAUGAUGGGAUUUUGCCUGAGCUAUGUAACUAUUGUGAGAACCCUAUUGACAGCCAUUUUAAUUUUCAUACCUUGACGGUGAUGCAGAUUUGUUUGCAACAGAUGAAGACCUCAUUGUUGGCUAAUCUAAUUGAUUUAUCAGAUAAUUAUGAUCCCAUGCCAGAGGAGAUGGGGUCUCGGAUACUUAGAAUCAUAUGGAAUAAUUUGGAAGAUCCUUUAAGUCAAACAGUGAAACAAGUUCAUCAGGUUUUUGAUCUGUUCUUAGACAUUCAAUCAACUCUUCGCUUGGGAGUGGGUAGUCAGAAAAUAAAAUCAUUUCUAGAAAAGAUUGCUUCAGAUCUUCUCCCACUAGGCUCACGUUGUAAGGGAAGAUAUAUCCCUUUAGCUUUGUUGACUAAGAGGCUGGGGCCAAAAAGUAUGCUUGAAAUGUGUCCUGACCUGCUCUUUGAAACUGUACAAGCCUACAUUGAUGAUGAUGUGUGCUGUGCUGCCACAACAUUCUUGAAAUGUUUUCUUGAGUGCUUGCGUGAUGAGUGUUGGAACAACAAUGGUGUUGAGGAAGGGUAUGCAGUUUAUAGGGGGCUUUGCUUGCCCCCUUUUCUAUAUGGGCUCACAUCUGGGGUUUCAAAGCUUCGCUCGAAUCUUAAUACUUAUGCUCUGCCAAUUUUACUAGAAGUUGAUGUGGAUAGCAUAUUUCCUAUGCUUUCUUUCAUCUCAGUUGGGCCUAUUGGAGAAGAGAAUGGGUUGUCAUUUCCUAAGCUAAGUGCUACAGAUGUAGAACUGGGAGUUGGACAACAAGUGGCUGUUUUAGUCUCUUUAUUUAAGGUCUGUCGUUCACUUGCUUUGAUUGAAGGGGAUAUUGAUUUAUAUGAAAAUGCAGCAGCACUUGAGGCAGAAGGUGUGCUGGAAGCAGAAGUUAAGAAUUUAUACGCUCUCGUCUGCAUCAAGGGGAUAAAGGUUAAGGUCCCCGUUGAAUGGCUAGCAUUGGCGCUGAUGCAUUCUGACGAAUUGCUCCGUGUUGAUGCUGCAGAGUCGCUCUUCUUAAACCCCAAAACAGCUAGUCUUCCUUCCCAUCUAGAAUUGACCCUUCUGAAAAAAGCUGUGCCAUUGAACAUGAGAAGUUGCUCUACAGGUUUCCAGAUGAAGUGGACCAGUUUGUUCAGAAAGUUCUUUUCUCGAGUUCGAACAGCCUUGGAGAGACAGUUUAAGCAUGGGAGCUGGCAACCCCUUGCGAACUAUCAAAAGGAGUCACAAUCAGCUAAGGGAACUGAAGAAGCUCUAGUUAAUAGGGCAGGGGAUCUAUUCAAUUUUAUGAGAUGGUUGUCUAGUUUCUUAUUUUUCUCAUGCUAUCCCUCUGCUCCUUACAAAAGAAAAAUAAUGGCCAUGGAGCUCAUACUGAUAAUGCUUAAUGUUUGGCCUAUUGUACCACCUUCUGAAGAUAGGUGUCCUUCAAUUGCUCCUGAAUGCAGUCUCUGUCCUUACAGUAUAGGAAUAACUUCACCUGAAUCAGCCUUGUUACUAGUUGGAUCUAUUAUUGAUAGUUGGGACAGGCUAAGAGAGAGUUCUUUUCGCAUAUUGCUAUACUUUCCUACCCCCCUUCCUGGCAUUUCAAGUGAAGAAAUGGUCCAGAGAGUGAUUGCAUGGGCUAAGAACUUAGUCAGCAGUCCACGUGUGAGAGAAAGUGAUGCUGGGGCACUGACUUUAAAGCUUAUAUUCAGGAAGUAUGUCUUGGAACUAGGAUGGAUUGUCAGACCUAGUAUUGAUGGUGUUUGCUUUCAGUAUCAAUGUGAACUAGUCAAUGAAGAUAGUCAUAUCAUUGAGCCUAGGCAUCCUGUAGUAGAGUAUAUAAAAUCAUUAAUUGGUUGGUUGAAUGUGGCCGUGGUGGAGGGUGAGAGGGAUCUUUCUGAAGCCUGCAAAAACAGCUUUGUCCAUGGUGUAUUGCUUACUCUACGAUAUACGUUUGAUGAAUUGGAUUGGAAUUCUGAUGCUGUCAUGUCUAGUAUUUUGGAAAUGAGAGAAGCAUUGGCGAAGCUUUUGGGAUUGGUUAUGCGAAUUACUUCAUUAGCACUUUGGGUCGUUUCUGCAGAUGCUUGGUAUCUUCCUGACAUGGAUGAUAUGGGUGAUGAUGAUAAUUACUUGAUGGAUGAAUUGGAUAUGGUAGGACCAUCAGAACAUGUGAAUGGUGACUCCAAACAUGGGCAGGAUAAUAGACCAGAACAAAUUGUCAUGGUUGGUUGCUGGCUGGCUAUGAAAGAGGUGAGCCUUCUCCUGGGAACUAUCAUAAGAAAAGUUCCUUUACCAAGUAAUAGUUGCUCACGUUCUCUAGAGGUUUCUAUGUCUAAUGCCGGUGAUUCUUCUGAAAUGUCAACAUCCAUUGCGGUACUCGAUUUGAAACAACUUGAAGAAAUUGGGAACCACUUCUUGGAAGUUCUUUUGAAGAUGAAGCAUAAUGGAGCAAUUGAUAAGACAAGAGCUGGAUUCACAGCCCUUUGCAACCGUUUGCUUUGCUCCAAUGAUCCCCGGCUUUGUAAAUUGACAGAGUCGUGGAUGGAUCAACUUAUGCAAAGAACCGUGUCCAAAGGACAAACUGUGGAUGAUUUGUUAAGGAGAAGUGCUGGUAUUCCUGCAGCAUUUACUGCUCUUUUUCUUUCAGAACCAGAAGGGGCACCGAAGAAGCUUCUCCCGCGGGCUCUAAAGUGGCUAAUAAAUGUAGCUAACAGCUCUUUGCUGGGUCCAGUUGAUACAAAGGGCAUAAUUGCUGACUCAUGCAAGUUUUCAUUAGCAGUGUCGGACAAAAAACUUGAUUCUGCAAAGUCAUCCGAGAUGCAUGUGAUGGAAAAGACCUCAAAGAUCCGAGAUGAGGGUGUAAUUCCUACAGUACAUGCAUUUAAUGUUCUUAGAGCUGCUUUCAAUGACACAAACCUGGCAACUGAUACUUCUGGUUUUUCUGCGGAUGCCUUGAUUGUUGCAAUUCGCUCUUUCUCUUCUCCGUACUGGGAGGUACGAAAUAGUGCCUGCCUCGCGUACACCGCCUUGCUGCGGCGUAUGAUUGGAUUCCUAAAUGUUCAAAAGCGAGAAUCUGCACGGCGUGCAUUAACUGGGCUUGAGUUUUUCCACAGGUAUCCCACAUUACAUGCAUUUUUUUACAACGAACUGAAAGUUGCAACUGAUAUGCUUAUGGAUGCAACCUCUGGCCAUUCAGAAUCCAACCUAGCCAAGGUUGUCCACCCAAGCUUGUGCCCAAUGUUGAUUCUUUUAUCCAGGCUCAAGCCUUCAACAAUUGCAAGUGAGAGUGGGGAUGAUCUGGAUCCUUUCCUGUUUAUGCCAUUCAUCAGGAGGUGCUCAACUCAGAGCAACCUGAGAAUUCGUGUUCUUGCAUCCAAGGCUUUAAUGGGCUUGGUGUCUAAUGAGAAACUUCCAGUUGUUCUCCUGAAUAUUGCUUCUGAAUUGCCUUGCAUGAAAAACCCAGUCACUUCUUCUAUUUCCUCAAUGAUAGUGAACCCAAAUGUUGGAAUCUACAAUGCUUCCUUCAAUUCAAUUCAUGGAAUGCUAUUGCAACUAGGAUCUCUUCUAGAUGCAAAUUGUAGAAACCUGGCUGAUGUUGCAAAGAAAGAAAAGAUUCUUGGGGAUUUGAUAGAAGUUCUGACUACAUGUUCAUGGAUUGCAAGCCCAAAAUGGUGUCCUUGCCCCAUCCUCAAUACCUCGUUUGUGAGAGCACUUGAUCGCAUGCUCAGUAUUGCAAGAACAGGGUAUACAAGUAAACAUUUCUAUGCUAUUCGCAAUCUGCUGUUGGAGCUUUCUACUGUAUCCUUAGAUGUAGAGGAUUCUUAUGGACUAUCAUAUUAUGAUCCAACUAUAUCAGAACUUCGUGAACAAGCAGCCAUAUCCUACUUCAGUUGUGUGUUUCAGGCAUCUAAAGUAGAAGAAAUUCUGCAGAUGCCACAAAUGCAUCUGUCACCUGAUGUAAAGUUGUUGAACCUAUCUGAAACAAAUUCUUUUACUGGACUCCCUGAAAGGUUGAUUCGGUCCUUGUCAGAUUCAUCAUAUGAAGUUCGACUUGCAACGUUGAAGUGGCUGCUGAAGUUUCUAAAGUCAACAGAAUCUAAAAUUGAGGUUCAUGGUAUAUUUAGCAGUGGGGUUAGAAGUAUUCAGCAGUGGAAUAAUGCAAAUCUCCAGGCAACUAUGUUGAAACUCUUGAAUUCUGAGGAGAAUCAUAGAUGCAUGAAUUACAUUCUGAGGAUUCUUUCCUUUUGGAACUUGGUGCAGUUUAAGAAACUUGAUGGGGAAAAAUGCACCAACACAAGUUAUGUUGGUAAUUUGGGUUUUGAUUCCAUGUGUCAGUUUUGGGAUAAGCUGGUAUCCUUGUACAAACUCACAAGACAUACAAAGACAAGAGAGACUCUCAUCUGCUGCAUGGCUAUAUGCGUCAGACAGUAUGCAAAUCUACUGACCAGCUAUGUUCUUGCUAAUGUGGAUGAGAGCAGUAGUAGAUGUAGCGCAUCGGAUCAAUUGGGAAAAUCAAUCCACUUGUAUGAAUGCAUUGAAUAUUUUGUUAAUGUGAUUAAAGAACAAAGUUCUGCGUCUGAGCCGGUAAACAUGCGCGAGGCUGCUGCUGAAUCUAUAAUUGCAUCUGGUUUGCUGGAGCAAGCUGAAUUAAUUGAUUCUUCUGUGUUCAGUCAUGAAAUGCCCUUUGAAAGUUCAGGUUUCAGUUUUGAACCUAAAGAAGCUGUUAAUAUGUAUGCUAGCCAGGUGUUGGAAAUAUGGUUCUUGUGCAUCAAGCUGCUGGAGGAUGAAGAUGAUGGGGUAAGACAGGCGCUUGCUGUGAAUGUGCAGAAAUGCUUUUCUUCCAGAAAAAUGAGAAGUAGCUCUAAUGCAGGAGAGGUCCCAACUCAAGUGGAGAAAGUGAUUGAAAUGAGUUUUGGGUAUCUGUCGUCUAUCUUUGGUCACUGGAUUAAUUACUUUGAGCAUCUUUCACAGUUGGUACUCAACUCAACAAAUUAUUUGGUACCGAAGGGAGAUCUUGUGAGGCGAGUAUUUGACAAGGAAAUUGAUAAUCAUCACGAAGAAAAGCUGUUAAUAUGUCAAAUCUGUUGCUCACAUUUGGAGAAACUUCCAGUUCUAAACUUGUGGUUGUCUGAUAUGCAAAUCAAAGAAGUCUUCAAGAAUUAUUUACGCCGCUGGAGAAUGAGAUUUUAUAAUCAGUUGAUGUCAUUUGCUGAAGACUAUGUUGAGCAACUAGGGGUUGAUUGGAUAGGUGGUGUGAGCAACCAUAAAGAUGCAUUUCUACCACUAUAUGCAAAUCUGCUUGGCAUUUAUGCUUUCUCAAACUGCAUAUUCAAGGGCAAAGUUGAUGAUGGUUCGACUCUAUUAGCCGAAGUUACUGAACUUGGUAAAACUCUGAGUCCACUUUUAAGGAAUCCUUUGAUUUCUAACCUGUAUACAUUAGUUUUAAAAUCACAUGAGAAAGUGGUUGGUGCAACUCUUGACCAGAUUUAUAAAUUCACAGAGAGCUCAAUUUGGGAUGGUUUUGAUCCCUAUUUCCUUCUUAGAUGAAGGAAUUUGUACAAUAAAAACAUUUUUCAGAUUAUAAUGGGUCAAAGGGAUGAAGGGUAAGCUGCUACAGCCUUUUUCCCCCUUACACAGUUCAGUGUAUUAUACUGUUGUACUGUUUCUUUUUCCUGCUAUGCUUGUUAAAAGCUUAUAUAAGAUUUCUUUUCGGCAAUAACAAUGUAUUUGCUUUCCUGCUUUGGGGCACCA